ACCUGCGUCCACGUGUCUGCUGCUGGUCGUGACCAAAAUUCGGCUCCUUCUGCACAGCAGACUCCAGCCUCGUUGCGCCCAAGAAGUUUGAAACGUUUGGAUAUUGGCAACGCAAGCCCGCUUAAGGCGCUUAUUUCGAGCGUUCGUAUACCCCUUGGACUGCUCUUCAAUCGCCUACAUCACCAUCGAGAGACGAAGCAACAUGGCGAAGGAAGGGGCAUCCGGAGACAAGGUGUAUGACGUCAUCGCUGAGAUCAAGGCCCUGGGCCUGGAGAAGCUGGUGCCCGAGGAGGGCCGCCUCGGCGCGUUUGCGCGCCAGCGCUGGUCGGACAAGCGGGAGGCGGGCCUCAAUGACAUCAUCAACCACUCAUACGCUAUGUCGUACGCGCUCCAUUCGCUCGCGAGCUUCUGCGCGCGCGACUACGUGUCCCUGAAGGGCCUCGCGCGCUUCUACGCCGACAGGAGCGACCGAGAGCGCACCUGCGCGAUGGAGCUGUCGCGCUACCAGGGCCUGCGUGGCGGGAAGGUGGUGCUGUACCAGAUCGGGCAGCCGGAGUCUGAGUUCGACCACGAAGAAAAGGGCGAGGCGCUCUACACCAUGGAGAUCGUUCUGGCAAUCUUCAAGGUCCACAACGAGAAGCUCCGCGACCUUAACCAGCUGGCAGCCGAAGAGAACGACGACGAGUUCUCCGAUUACCUCACCGACGGCUUCAUCCAUCCCCUGGUGAUCACCGUCAAGAAGCUGGCCGGCAUGGUGACCCAGCUGCGCCGCGUCGGCAAGGGCCACGGCACGUGGCACUUCGACCACUCUCUGAACAAGAGGCUGAAGAAGCACGAGGUGGGGGAGGAGAUUGCGGACAGCGGCGGCGAGACGUCGGAGGAAGAGGAGGACGAGUCUGAGGCCGCGCUUCAUGCGGACGUGGCAGUCUGAGGAGCCGCCACGUGGCUGGCAGCUCGGAGCUUUUAAAGCUGGGCUUGUAGAAGAAGGGGACGAGGCUGUAAAAAGAGCAGCAGGCUAUAAGAAGUAGAGCGUCUAGGUUAUAGCUUGACUGACCUGUUAGGACGAGAGUAGGUUAGAUAUGCUCUUGGCGAGGGGGGAACGAAAGUAUGCGACGUUUUGAAGAAACGUAGAUACCGGAAUAUGCUUUAGCUGACUUCGAGCUAGGAAUCACAGCGGAGUCGCUCUACAGAGAACGGAGCCGAAACUUUUCUGAGCUUUGGGCGUUUGUGCGAGUCGGUGCGCUUUUGAACCCGUUUCUUCAGGCAUCAACCGGAUUUAAGCAGUAAAUUAGGCCUCUUCUAACAAGUGGGUUCCGAGCAUUGCAAAUAAUGCGGACCUCGUUUCGUGACAUUCUGCUAUAUCUGCCCAUCGACUUUGCCCAAAGCGGCUUUACCCCACUAACGCAAACAUCAGG